AUGCGCCUGCGACGCCAUGGCCAGGCUGACGGGCACCCGGCCCGCGGCCGCCCGCCGCUGGGGCUCUGCCGCCGCCUUCCUCCUCCUCCUCUUCACCGUGCAAGCCGCCCAAAAAGCCGACUUUAGCGGGGACUCCACGGCGGCCACCAUCAACCACUCGCUGACGCUGCUGCAGCGGCUGCAGGAGCUGCUGCAGAGCGGCAAUGGCAGCGACUCGGUGCUGCGGGUCCGCUCGGCCGCCUCCGACGAGCCCAAGGUGUUCCACACGCACCAGCUGCUGCUGAGCCUCCAGAGCGAGGUCUUCGAGAGCCUCCUGCGCAACCAGAGCGUCGUGACCCUGUACGAGCCGCCCGAGACCGCGGUGCUCUUCGAGAAGUUCAUCAGGUACCUGUACUGCGGCGGGGUCUCCAUCCUGCUGCACCAGGCCAUCCCCAUGCACCAGCUGGCCAGCAAGUACCGGGUCUGGGGGCUGCAGCGCGGCGUGGCCGAGUACAUGAGGACCCACCUGGCCAGCGAGUCCAGCCAGGGCCACGUGGUGGGCUGGUACCACUACGCCGUGCGCGUCGGGGACGCGGCGCUGCAGGAGAGCUGCCUCCAGUUCCUGGCCUGGAACCUGUCGGCUGUGCUGGGCAGCGCCGAGUGGGGCUCGGUGAGCGUGGAGCUGCUGCUGCUGCUGCUGGAGCGCUCCGACCUGGUGCUGCACAGCGAGCUGGAGCUCUACACGGCCGUGGAGGGCUGGCUGAGCCGCCGGCAGCCCGAGGCGCCCGUGGCCGAGCGGGUGCUGCGCGCCAUCCGCUACCCCAUGAUCGCGCCCAGCCAGCUGUUCCGGCUGCAGGCGCAGUCGGCGGCGCUGGCGCGGCAUCGCGGCGCGGUGCAGGACCUGCUCUUCCAGGCUUUCCAGUUCCACGCCGCCUCCCCGCUCCACUUCGCCAAGUACUUUGACGUCAACUGCAGCAUGUUCCUGCCCCGCAACUACCUCGCGCCCAGCUGGGGCUCCCAGUGGGUCAUCACCAACCCGGCGCGGGACGACCGCAGCACCAGCUUCCAGACCCAGCUGGGGCCCAGCAGCCACGACGCCGGCAAGAGGGUGACCUGGAACGUGCUGUUCUCGCCGCGCUGGCUGCCCGUCAGCCUGCGCCCCGUGUACUCGGACUCGGUGGCGGGCGCCAUCCAGCCCGUGCGCAUCGAGGACGGGCGCCCGCGCCUCGUCAUCACCCCGGCCAUGAGCAGCCCCGACUUCGCCGGCGUCAGCUUCCAGAAGACCGUGCUGGUGGGCGUGCGGCAGCAGGGCCGCGUGCUGGUCAAGCACGCCUACAGCUUCCACCAGAGCUCGGACGAGGCGGCCGAUUUCCUGGCGCAUGCCGACCUGCAGAAACGCACCUCCGAGUACCUCAUCGACAACUCCCUGCACCUCCACAUCAUCAUCAAGCCUGUCUACCACUCCCUCAUCAAGGUGAAGAAGUAAUGAGGCACGGCUGGGUCCCUCCACGCUGGCCCCAGCACCGUGGGGGGAAGGCUUGGCCCCGUAGGUAGAUGGGGGCCCCCUCGCUGGGGGGCUCCAGGACUGCGCUCUGCGCUGCCCUCCCCUCCCCGACUGUUCCCCUGCCAAGUCCCGUCCCCAUUGCUGUCCCUGGGGAUGGAGGGUGCUGGCAGCGCCCCAGACCCGUGUAGGGGGUGCGGGAGGUGAAAGGCGUGGCCCACGGGCACAUCGCAGACCCCAAGGGGUGCGGGGAUGGGGACAGCCCAUCCUCCCUGUGAGGCAGCCCCGGGGUCCCUCUGCGUGGACAGCUGGGUCCAGCUCAGGAACAAGCGGAGCUGCCCAGUCUGGGGGUGAGGGGCCCAUCAGCCUCCCCCGGUGGAGGAGGGGUGGGGGGCACCCUCCCCACUGGUGGUGGCAGCUGCUCCAUCCCUGUCUAGGUACCCCCCACCCCUUUCCUAAUAAAGCAGAAAAGGAGCGUG